AUGCUUCAAGAACCACGCGGCUGCUAUCGGAGGUCACACGCUCGACGUUUGCGGCGAGUUCAUGCCCCUACCUUCACAUCUUCUGAUCGAACUUCCCUCAAAUGUGCCACCUGCAGUGCCACAGUAACUUCCACCGCCGUGACCCAGACAAAUUCCUCACUCACUUCCGACGGACGAAAUCUUAUUUAUAAUAAAGUUGCGGACAAGUAUGAAGUAAAUGGUUCUCACUGUGAUAAGGAUCAAGAGGUCAGAGUUAAUAAGGAAUUAAUGGAAAGAGGAGCGGUUACGGUGUAG